AUGGCUUCAGUCCUCCCAACACCCAGUCCCAGUGUUGGAGCUCCACCCUCGGCCCAGGCCAAGAUCACCCGCGGCCACUCCUGCAGCCUCUGCCGGCGCCGUAAGAUAAAAUGCAACGGGCAGCACCCGUGUCAAAACUGUCAAAAGGCCCGGGUUGAGUGUGUUGCUGCAAAAGUAGUGCCUGCAAGACGAAAGAAGAGGAAGCAGGAGGAUCUUGCCGAGAGGCUGAAGAGAGCGGAGGACGUGAUCAGCAAGGCAGGGCUCAAGGUCGAGGGUUAUCAUGAGGAAGCUUACGUGAGCGAAGGAAGUGAAAGUGGCAGGACGAUGGAGAGUGACGUGGAGAAAUCAACGAUUUCAACAAAACCACAAAGGCUUGCCGCAAUGGAACCUCUGGGAAAGCUGGUUGCUGAAAGAGGACAAAGUCACCAUCUUGAGAGAGGUCAGGGAAGAAUCUUUUCACCUAGUCCAGCAACAACCGUCCGAGGGCGAAACGGGAGACCAGAUAUCCCUAUCUCAGACUACAGCAGUCUCCUCUUCGGGCGCUUGAUGAUCAGCAACUCGUUAACAUCAAGCCAUCCGCAUACAAUACAGAUCUUCCGACUAUGGCAGUUCUUCUUAAACAACGUCAAUCCUCUCACGAAGAUCCUUCACGCCCCUAUGAUUCAAGAACUUAUACUAAAUGCAAGUGAUGAUUUGGAUAAGGUCUCAGCGAGUACCGAAGCCUUGUUAUUCUCGAUAUACCACUCGGCCAUCGUGUCCAUGGACGAACAAGAGUGCCAGACCACGUUUAGCGAGUCAAGAGUAGCUCUGGCUUCCAAGUACUCAACAGCAACUCAGCAGGCACUAGUCAAUGCCAACAUACUGCGGACUUCCAACUUAAUGGUUUUGCAAGCCUUCACCCUCUAUCUUCUUGCCAUCCGACAAUUCACAGAUCAUGACACUCUAUGGGCCCUUUCUGGCCUCGCUGCUCGAAUAGGCCAACGGAUGGGCCUGCACCGUGAAUCCACCGGCACUAACCUGGGGGUCCUGGAAACAGAAGUCCGCAAAAGACUGUGGUGGCAAAUUCUCACUCUCGAGGGCCACUCCUCAGCUAUUUCGGGCUCCCCAGCGCCAGCAACAUUCUUUUCCCACCAAGGGCACCGCCUUCUCAACAUCAACGACAGCGAACUCUCCCCCUCCAUGCGAGAGCCACCGGCCGAGCAUCCAGCAGUCACAGAAAUGCUCUUCUGCUGCAUUAGACAACAUAUCGGUCUAUUCAUGUGGUCGCACAUGCUCGCGGGCGAAGAAUCCGGCAUCAGUGCUAUGCCUGUCCGUCCAGAGCAAAUCGCCACGAAAAUAAAAGCCCUCAACGACCUCGACGACAUAUUACAGCAAAAGUUCAUCCGUUUCUGCGAUUCCUCAAUCCCCCUGCACUACCUGGCUAGGCUAGCCGCUCAUUCGGCACUGUCCAAAAUACGGCUCCGCGUGUACUCAGCUCCUCGGAUCGCGGGCUCACCCCCUCAGCCAAAGGAGGAAAAAGACAUCGCAUUCCACACCGCGAUAAAGAUCCUGGAGUACGAUAAAGACGGACAUGAUCCCUCUACACGUAAAUUGCUGAAGGGUUUCAUGUGGCAUAUCCGUGUAUUCUUCCAACUCGAGGCGUUUAUAUACAUGCUAUCCGAAUUACGUACUCGCACGACGGGCAAGCAGGUUGAGUGGGCGUGGGACCUCGUUGAAGCGACAUACGCAAACCAUGAAGAGAUACUCCGCGAGACGAAAAACAAGCUGUGGUUUGCGGUGGGGAAUCUGUGCUUGAAGGCAUGGGAGCAGCGGGUUAGAGGGAUAAGGAGUCAGCAGGGUGCUAUUCAGCUGAGGAGGCCAGCUUGUGUUAGAGAGCUGUAUUCGCAGCGUGGUGUAAAGGAAAAGGCGGAUGCUACGACUGGGAGCUCGGAAAUGAACAUGGACCUUGUGAAUCAAGCGGAUAUUCCACAGAUGCAGAAUGUCACCGGUUUUCCUGGGCAGUGGAGUGAGAUGGAUAUGCCGUCGACGUAUGUGCCGUUUGAUACUGAGGAUAUGGGAGAGAUGGAUUGGGAGUAUUGGCAGACACUGUUUGAUGAUUAUGGGAUGCUGAUGUUCAGCGGUUGA